UUUUGAGAGCUCUGAUUGGUGGACUUUAAUUUGCGAUUUUUAUUAGGUGCUGUCUAAAUGGUCCAAUCUACGUCUCGUCAAAUCUACGACGUCUCAUACGGUGGCGCCCUCUAAAUGCGCCGAAAGCGACUUUUGGAACCGGAAAUACGUCAUAGACGUCGAGUUUUGGAUUUUUGACACCAACCAGCGGCGGUAGAUUUGGCUUGCCUGUUUGCGAGUGCUCGCCGUUUGUGUCUCAGUUCUUCUUUGCAUCUUUUUGGUUGUCCUGCUGUGUGGUUCCCCUGUUGUUCGAAAUGAACAGCGGUCCCGACAAACCAUUUGCGGCGCUGAAAGAAGUAGCUGCUCGUCUGGACGUUGAGAUUCCCAACGCCGCCAACUGUCUGGAGGGUCCUCGAACCACUGCAGCCUGUACGAGUGCCAGGAAAGUUUCCGAAAUGGCGACAGUUCUUGAGGCCGAGCUAAAGCUGGUUGAACUCAGGCUUGAAAAGGUCGUGAAGGAGAAAUUAGCAUCAAUUCAAGAACUGACAGAGUGCUUGAAACAGACAGACUGUGACAACAAAGAGACAUUGCAGAAGCUUAUACCGCUUGGGUUCAAAGUGCCUGAUCACCUCUUGCCUGCCCUGCAGAACCUCUCUCUGCAAUGCGAUCAAGUCACAGCCAAAGAGGCAGCUGAUGACACGCUGGAAGAUUCGGCGUGCUCUCUAGCACAUGUUGUGAAAAACUUGGAGCCUGCAUUCAGCAAAGCAGCUGGUGGAUCACAGCUGCGCAAGCCAAGUCAAGUGCCGUCAAACUUGUCUAGGUCAUCACUGCGAAUUUGGAACUCUAAGCAUGCGAGCCGGUCUCCACCUCGCCGUUUCCACGGCAGCUCCAACUUGGACAGGUACCUCGAAGAAAUUGGCAACGAGGAUACGGUAACUGUUAUGAACUACAAGCCGCAAGCUUCUCGGACAGCAGCCAAACCAGCAGUGGCUUCUGGGACACCUGAUAGGGAAUCUGCAGCACCUGUGCAGAAGGUGACCGAAUUUCAAUCAUUGAAGCAAUCGUUGCUGGCCGACACCUUCACUUGUGGAAUACAGCCUCUUCCAGUGACACCUGAGCUUACAGGGAAACCACUUGGACAGUCCAAGGAGAGCUGCCCGUUAACCCCACAGGCACCAGACUGUGAGGAGUUUUUACUCGAGAUGAAGGAACGCACAACUGUGACAGCAAAGACACCAGAGCUCGCAGACUUUCUGGAGCCAGUACUGAAGGAGAAUGUGGGUUUGCCAUGAUGAAAGUUAUUGAUGCUCUUGCCAAGUCCAGUACCACUUAUUAAUGAAACUCUUUUUUGUAUAUUUUGGCUACCAAAAUAAAGUUUUAUAUAGUU